AUGCAACAAGAACAACAAAGGAAUGAAGGACCAUCAAUAAUAACAGAAUACAAUAGAGAUCCUAUAGAAAUAGGAAUAAACCAAGAAUCAGACUCACCGUACUUAAGACCAAUAACGAAUAGACCAGGAACACCUAGACAUAAAGGUAAAGCACCGGAUUAUGGAUACGGAAAUGAAGAUAGAGAAAUUAAUAUACUAGAAGUACAAGACACCCACAAUAACCUCAACCCGAAGACACACCUUACCUUAAAAGCUGAAAAAUAUAAACAAAACAAAUCUGAUGGAAGGAACUAG